CAGCAGCAGCAGCGGCGCGCCGGCCCCGCGCUCUCCCCGCCGCUCGCUCGCCCGUACCGAUCGCCCGCCCGCCCGCCCGCUAUACGAGAGUAGCUAGACCACACACCUGUCGUCCGUCUCUGUCUGCUGGCCAGUCGGGCAGCCAGACAGCCCGGACUGUAUAGCCGACUCCGCAGCUUUAGUCGUCAGCUGGUGGGGGGCCAGCGGCGGCCUGCCUGGUUGACUGACCGGCUUGUUGACCGGCCGGUUGAUUGACUGGGCUGGUUGACCGGCUGACCCCGGUCAACUAACUAGCAGACUGGCGGCUGGGUUGGCCAGCUGUUGACUUGGCUGGUUGACUAACUUGGCUGGUUCAGCUGGCUCUGUUCGCUGCUCGAAACCCUGCCCCCCCUCCCCCGGGGUUGACGCUGAUCCGGCUCGUUGGCUGUGCUGUGCUGGUGAGCCGGUUGAGUAAACCGGUGGGCAAGUCUGGUUGACCGACGACUGGGUGACCGGCCGAGCCUUCUCCGAGUCCGAGCGAGGCGUUGUGAAGGGGAGGACGCGGGCGCCGCGUGGGGUCGCGGGGGCCGGGCCCGUGGUGGAGCCUCCGGCGGGCGUCUCUACCAUGCAUCGCGGCCUCGGCACCACUGACGAGCGCCCACGGAUAAGGGAAGGCAGUUCUUCAUGCUUUGUUGAGGAAGACAACAGGGAAGUGUCAGCACUGACUGAUGAUUAUCAACCCUGCCGGUAUGGCCUCUCAGAUGCAAGUCUUCUCUCCACCUCAGCCUCAAUCCAGUGCCUUCUGCAGUGUGAAGAAGCUGAAACUGGAACCCAGCAGCUGCGUCUACCAUGACGGAAAGACCUCCGCCUACUCGCAUCAGCACAGCCAGCGCAGCCGACAGCACCACCACCACCACCACUUGCACCAGCAGAGCCACAGCAACGCUCACCACCGCAGCAGCCGGCACAGUGCGAAGGCCUACGCCGCCCCUGCCGCCGCUUCUUCCGCCGCGGUCGCCGUCACCGCCGCUGUUGGCAGCCACGCCGCUUACGAGCAGAGCCUGAUCUUCCCGGGCGCCGUCGCGACUUCCGCGGCCACCGCCGCCGUUGUCGGCGCUAGCGGCGGGGCAGCCGGGACAGCGGCCGGCGCCGGGGGCGGCGCCAGCGGCGGCGGCGGCAUCGCCCGGCGAACAACAUUGAACCUGCUCGACACGUACCAGCGAUGCGUCCUCAAGCGCAGGAGUAGCGAGGGGGUCGACGGCGAGCCGGGCAACGACGGCGGCGGCAACGGCGGCAACGGCGGCGCCGGUGGCGGCGCCGGCAACAACGCAGCCGGCGGCAACGCGACGACCACCGCCGCCAACGCGAGCAACGACGCGGGCAGCGUGCAGAUUGUGGAGGAGCUGCCGCCCACUGCCGCCGUGGCGGCGGCCGCCCCCAUGCUUGUGGGCAGCAACGUGACGAUGGCGCCCACCACGAACGCCGCGGCCGUCGCCGCUGGCGGCGGCACCACCACCAACGCCAAGGCCAACAACCACGGCGGGUCGUCGUCGGGCGGCGACGGGGACUACCAGCUGGUGCAGCACGAGGUGCUGCGCUCCAUGACCAACAGCUACGAGGUGCUGGAGUUCCUGGGGCGCGGCACAUUCGGGCAGGUGGUGAAGUGCUGGAAGCGCGGCACGAGCGAGGUGGUCGCCGUCAAGAUCCUUAAGAGCCACCCGUCUUACGCGCGCCAGGGCCAGGUGGAGGUGGGCAUCCUGGCGCGGCUCAGCUCGGAGAACGCCGACGAGCACAACUUUGUGCGCGCGCACGAGUGCUUCCAGCACCGCGGCCACACCUGCCUCGUCUUCGAGAUGCUGGAGCAGAACCUCUACGAUUUCCUCAAGCGGAACAAAUUCCGGCCGCUUGCGCUAGGCCACGUGCGGCCCGUGCUGCAGCAGGUGGCGACGGCGCUCGCCAAGCUCAAGAGCCUGGGGCUCAUUCACGCCGACCUGAAGCCGGAGAACAUCAUGCUGGUGGACCCGACGCGCCAGCCGUUCCGCGUGAAGGUCAUCGACUUUGGGUCGGCGAGCCACGUGUCCAAGGCCGUGUGCUCCACCUACCUGCAGUCGCGCUACUACAGGGCUCCUGAGAUCAUCCUCGGGCUCCCAUUCUGCGAGGCGAUCGACAUGUGGUCCUUGGGCUGCGUCAUCGCCGAACUCUUCCUGGGCUGGCCUCUGUACCCCGGAGCCUCGGAGUACGACCAGAUCCGCUACAUCUCACAGACGCAGGGCCUGCCGGCCGAGUACCUGCUGAGCGCGGGUACCAAGACGACACGCUUCUUCAAGCGUGACCCCGAGUCGGCCUUCCCACUCUGGAGACUCAAGACGCCGGAGGAGCACGAAUCGGAGACGGGGAUCAAGUCAAAGGAGGCUCGAAAGUACAUCUUCAACUGCCUGGAUGAUAUGGCACAGGUGAACGUGGCUUCCGAGCUGGAGAGCAGCGACAUGCUGGCGGAGAAGGCCGACCGGCGGGAGUUCAUCGACCUGCUCAAGCGCAUGCUCACUAUCGACGCCGAGAAGCGCACCACCCCGCUCGACACUCUGGGCCACCCGUUCGUCACCAUGCAGCACCUACUCGACUACCCGCACAGCAACCACGUCAAGGCGUGCUUCCAGAACAUGGAGGUAUGCCGCAGGCGAGUGGGGAUGUACGAGCGGCUGAACCAGAGCAAGACGCCCUUCAUGGCGCACGUGGCGCCGAGCACUUCCAACAACCUCACCAUGACCUUCAACAGCCACCUCAGCUCGCACGCACAGGCCUCAGCUGCGGGAGGGCAGGUGGCGGCGUUGGCGCAGCGCGGGAUGGCGCUGCCGGCGCCGGGUGCCACGGCGGCCGGGCCGUUUGCACGACACGACCCCUACCAGCAGGCACUCAUCGUCUGUCCGCCCACCUUCCAGGGUGACUGGCAAACUCACGCACGCCUACAGGCCUCGCCGCCCAAGCACGCGGGCUACUCCGUGCGCGUGGAGAACGCCGUGCCGCUCGUCACGCAAGCGCCCGCCACCGCUCAGCAGCUCCAGCUGCAGCCCGGGGUGCUCGCACAGGGCUGGGCCCCCGCCACCCAACAGAUCCUACUCCCGACCUGGCAGCAGAUCCCGACGGUGCCCGCCCACGCGCCCGUGCAGCACCCGGGGCUGCCGGACGGCAUGGGCGGCACGCAGGGCAUCCCCGACUGGAGGAGCGCCCACGCGCACGGACCGCACUACAACGCGCUGGUGCAGCAGCCCCUGCUCUCGGGACACAUGGCGCUGCCCGGCGGGCAGCCUCUGAGCGUGGGGGUUGCGCACGUCAUGCGCCAGCAGCCCAUCUCGUCGUCGGCCGCGUCGGCCGUGUCUUCGUCCGCCAGUGCCAAGAAGAACCGGCAGCUGAUGCACGCAUCGUCUGCCAGGUGGGCGCGGGGUGACGUUUGGCCCGCACCUCUUAGGUCACACUACGAGAUGAGUCUGUCGCAGCCCAUGAGCCUGCAGUCUCCGCUGCGAUCCAAGCGAGCUAAGGAGAGCUCCGGCUCGCGCUACUACACCACCGCUACCACCGCCAGCGCGGCCGCGGCCGCGCACAGCGCCGCUGUGAGCGCCGCGGCCUCCAAUGCGGCGGCCGCGGCGGCCGCGGCGGCGAUGAUUGGCGACGGCCCGUUGUUCGGGCACGGCGUAAGCGCGGGGACCCUGGGCGCCGGCGGGGUCGGUGCCGCGAUGGCUUCCCCGGCGGGCGGAGGAGGAGGCGGCGUGUGGGCGACCGGUGGCGGCGGCGCCGGGCUGGGCGACGCCGGGCUGGGCGGCGGCGGUGCCAGCUACCCGAGGCAGCCGAGGCAGCCGAUUGUGAUCCGCGAUACGCCGAGCCCGGCCAUCAGCGUCAUCACCAUCAGCAGCGACACGGACGACGAGGAGGACGAGAAGACCGUGAAGAGGGGCAGCGGCGCUGGAGCAGGGAACGGGGCCAACCCUUCCACGAGCCUUCUGUCCAAGCAGCGCGAGAACGUGGUGAGCUGCGUGACGGUGCACGACUCGCCAGACUCGGACUCGUCCCGCACCACCAGCCCCCUGCCGCUGGGCGGGCGCCCCACCGUCGCGGCGCUGUCGGGCGCCGUCGCCGCCGGCCAGCACCUCGCGCUGCCCGGCGGCACCGGCGCCGCCCCUUCCUCGGCGGCGGCGGCGGCCGCCCUGGCGGCGUCGGCGUCGUCAUCCUCUUCGUCGUCGUCGCUCCUCCCGUCGUCGUCGUCAUCGUCGUCGUCGCUGCACCGCGCAAACUCGCGCACCAUCAUCGUGCCGCCUCUCAAGACGCAGGCAUCGGAGGCCGACGGCGGCUCUCUGCUCGCCGCUAACGGUGUCGCGGUCCACCACGGCAAGGUGAAAGGGAUUGGCAUCUCCUCGGGCCGGGUGCAGACGCGUGGAAACCCCUUCCAGCAGCAGCAGCCGCUCAAUCUGAGCCAGGCCACGCUGAUGCAGGAUCAGCGGCCGGGCGUCGGCGCUCACGCGCACCGCCGGCAACAGGCCUUCGUCGCGCCCACCAUGGCGCAACCGCCCGUCCCUCCGCCCAUCGCCGCCGGCCCCGCUCCUCCGCCCACCUCCGCCGCCGCCCCCUACCACUUCGGGAGCCACGGCCCGAGCACGCCGCAGGGCCCCGGGGGCGCCGGCGGCCUGCCGGCCCACCUGGCGGCGGCCGUGAGCCAGCCCCACCACCUCUACACCUACACGGCGGCGGCCGCUGCCGCGGCGGCGGCGCUGGGGUCGCCCGGCGGGGUGAUGGCGGCGGCGCACCUGGGAGGGACGCACCCGCACGCCCACCCGCACGCGCACCACCACCACCACCACGGGCACCCGCACCCCGCCACCGCCUAUGCGGCGCACCCGGCCACGGGGCUACUCCACCAGGUUCCCGUGAGCGUCGCCCGGCACCACCCGCACCACCACCCUCACCACGCGCACCCUCACCACCCGCACCACCACCACCCGGCUGUUCUGCCCGCGUCGCCCGCGGGGCUGCACCAGGCCUACCAGCCGACGGCGCCCUUCCCACAGCAGGCCUACGUGAGCGCGUCGCCAGUCUACGCCGGGUACCCGCUCAGCCCGCCCAAGAUGGGCCAGUUCUCUUACCUCUGAAGGAAACGAAAAGAAGGAGAGUGACACGGAGUCGUUUUUUUAACACGAAACCCCCGACCGCGGGCUCCCCCGCGCCUCGCCACAGCGGUUCAGCGCCGCGGCGCCGCCGAUGGUGGCGGCGGCGGCGGCGGUGACGGCGGUGGCGGCGGUCACGGCGGUGACCGCUCGCCGUCACGCCAGCCGGUGACGCCGGCGAGGGAGAAGCGUGGGCUUGGCGUCGGGUUCUGUUGGCGCAGCGCCGAGAAGCCGGCUCUGAACACGUGAGGAUCCAUCAAGAGGCGUCUGUGGAUCGUUAAGCUCGCCCCAAAGCUUGGAUCUUACACUGGAGUCCUUAACAAUCGCAUCAGAUUGUAGUCGUUUUAUGCAUCGAGUGUACCUCUAUAUGUAUGGCUUUUAGGCGUGUUUUGUUUUUAAAUGUUAAUUAUUAAUGUUAAGUUUGUGCUGCUACUGGGGGAUGAGGAUUUAAUUGAAAAUGCUUGAAAUACGUCCGUGACGGAGAUGACACGUUGGGCUCUCUUUCAUCAUUGAGUUUAGCGAGUGUCCUACUCUCCGUGUGUGCGUGCGUGCGUGCGUGUCUGGCCCCGUCGUCCGUCAACACACGAGUCGAGAGUGUCUUAAGUAUUGUGAGUGAGCCGCGGGAGGCAUUAUAAACACGCGUUGUCGGAUUCAACGGGAAGAGGCCUGGACUGUGACGCCGUGCGAGGGGCCGCCCUGGCGGGCCGCGGCGUGCACGCGAGGACCGCGCCGGGUCCGGCCGCGAGGCCCCGCCUGGCUCCGAGGUGCCGCGUGAACUGUCGACAGAAGACGAAACUGCUGCACGUGGCUUGGUCGACUUUUUUUGCCCCCCACGCCCCGAUUCUCAUUUCCCAAACUGUGAAAGUAGGACCUAAUCUUAGAAGAAGAAAAGAAAAACGAGACAUUUUCAUUGUUUAGCAAAAACCUUUUACUGUUUAGUUAAUCAGUUUUAAUAAUAAUAGCGUAAUAUUUUUGCUGCUUCGUUUUAGUGUGUGGUUUUAAUUAUGUUUAACUAUUGUUAAAAUAUUAAAAUUAAAUACACAAAGGGUGCAGUGAUGUUGCACAUGAUCCCAGAUGGGGAAAGUGCAGAAGUGAGAAGAUGAAUCUGUGCGAUGGGCACGGGAGGAGGGGAGAGUCCUUGUGCGGAGAGAGGAGACGAGGCAGAGAGAGACUGCGGAGCGCGAGAGAGAGAGAGAGAGACCACGUGCACGCCACGGGACGGACCGUAGCAGGGGGAGGAGGAAGGCACGGGGGAGGCUGUCCUCAGCCGCCAAGACGACGCUUGCAUCGGAAUCGGAUUCGACGAGAGACCAAAGAGACGGGACAGGAAAUGAGCGCGAGAGAUCGCACGGCCGCAGAGUCGCUUAACAUCACUCCCCUCCCCACCCCACGUCCCUCCGCCAUCCACCACGACCCCCCUCCCCCCCCGCCGCAAGGUUCCAAGAGUUGUGCGACGUCCUACGAGGAAAAAAAAGAGCAAAGAAAAUGAUAUAUUAAUAAAUAAAUGUAAAAAAAUUAUAAACGAUGCCGAAUGAUUCGAUCUUUAAAACCGGUAUGGUAUGAUGAUGUUGUUAUUGUUCCAAUUUUGUUGUGCAAUGUGUUAAUUUUUUUGAUUCGCGCUGUCUGUCGGGACUGGGAAGGUUGUAUCGGUAGUUUGUCUUUUCCUAUGCUCGGCGUCGUUCGUGGUGUUGGGACCCCUUGAAUCCGCCUGGGCAAGGCACGUCGGAGCACCCCCCGGCCCCUCGACCCCUUGACCCCUUGACCCCAACACAUGCGCGCGUGUUCCGUUUGACCCCGACAAGUGUAGCGUGGGUGUCCCCAGCAGUAAUGCCUCUAGAUAGAUAUGAAUUGACUUGAGUACUCAUGUACACACGCUGUGUGUGUUUUGUACGUAAAUAUAUAGCGUGUGAGCGUGCGUGAUAGAGCAGCAGAGUGUGGUGUGCGGCGCGUGUGUCUUAUGAAUUACCCCCCCCCCACCCCCCAUUAAUCUGUGCAUGACCUGGGAUUGAACCUAUGUACUUAUUAGUGAUGGUAACACCAUGCGGCUCCCUCUCCAAUACCCCCCCCCCCCUCGUUUGGUGUUUUAUGAAGGGAACAGCCGAGCUCUCAUCUUGGAGCGAUCACCUUGUAGCCGUCCCGCACUGUCCGACGCAAGGUGGCUGAAGCUUCGUUUGGCAAGCGAGCGAGGGAGAAUUAUAACAGACUUCGAGGAUCGCUUCUGUGACGUAUUUUAACAGAGUACGACGGUCAGGCCACAUUGGUGUCGCUGGAGUGCACGUAAAACGUCACGCUGCGUUCUUUCUUUCUUAUUUAAAGGCGCUUCAGACCAGGGGGCGGGGUGUGGGGGGGAGAGCCCAGGACCCGCAGGCCUGGGGUGCGUAGCUGCUGCUGUGAGAGACGUUGGUGUUUUGGGAUUUGUAUUGCUAUAAGCAAUUCUCAUCUUUCAAGGCCGUGGAGUCCUUAUGCAAAAAAUAUCUGUUCGUGGCUCCCUCCGCCGGUGCGUGUUUUUCGCGGUUGUGCCGCGCGUCCUCUGGCGGGUGGUAUCCCAACGUUUUGGCAAACGAGUUCCAUGAAGAAACUCCCAGCGCACGGAGCGAAACGUCGGACAUCGUGCCGAAUGAUGCGCGGCACGACCCGAAAGCCCACCGGAGCGACACGCAGCACAACCGCGGGAGAAAAAAAGAAACCCGGUCGCAGUGAAAUGAAUCGAGCGAUGGGAUUUUGUUCCCCAUGCUGCAUCUGGCUGUAGAUUCUUUUUGCUUUUUCUUUGGGGCGAGUGUUCCGAAUCCAAAUUGACACGGGGAACUGCCGUCAUCGCCAGGUGGAACAGCUUCCCUUCCCACGGCACACGAUAGCUUUGCACAAAUGACCAUGCUCAAUUUCCAGUUUGAUUAAUGUUUCAAACGCUCCCACACUGAGCGGAUCGUCUUUGAGUACAAAUUAAUGGGGUCGUAUGCUCGUGCGCGCGCUUGUGUGUGCGUGUGUGAGAGAGAGCACGUGUACGUACAUGUACGUACGUGUGUGUCCUGUGUUAAUAAGAGUGUGCGCAUUUGUUGUGUGUUGGGCACGUGUGUGCAUGCAUUCGCGUUUGGCCCAGCAUAAACAUAUAUAUACAAUUCACAGGUGUAUAAUCUGAUGUAAGGCCCUGUUUGACGUUAACUUGUGUGACCAUUGGACUGGUGUUUGUGCCGUUGUAGUGCCUUACCUCUAUGUUUCACACGCGCUUGUAAGUCGUGUAUAUGUGUGUGUGUGCGUCAAAGACGAAGAUCCCCCGUGUAGCCCUACAGAGUUCGGCCCUCUAGCUUUAGCCCUUACGUUUCGUUUCCCACAGUUGGAAACGGGUGGCGUGGUGGUUUCCUCACCGAGCUAUGAACCCAGCAAACAUGGGUCUGACCCCAGCCACGCACGUCGCUAGCAAGCGCUAGCAUCAGGACACCAACCCUGCCAUCCACCCGCCUCCGUCCACCCAACCCAGCCAACCACUAGGUCUACUCAGGCUUAAAUGAGUACCGAGCGAUGCAUUGAAGUGACAGACGCAGCCGUGCCCGCUCCGCACUCCGUACCGGCCUUAAUAGGUGCUCGCUAGCGGUGCCCGCGCAAGUCUGUGAGGCUCAACGGGGGAUCUUGGUGUUUGCGUGGCGUGUGCUGUAAUGGAAUAGACUCUCUAUACUGACUCACCGUGCAUAUCUCCACGAAUAUGUUUGCCAUUGUUUCACUGACACGUCGCAGUGGCUGUCGCGUUCACCUGUAUAAAGUAAAGCAGUAUUAUUCUUAUUCGA